ACAUCUUCAUCUUCAUCUUCAUCCAGCUAAGGAAAGUAAGGGCAAUGGCAUCACUCUCAUUCAUUGCCACCACCAUUAGUAGUAGCUCCCCCCUCCACCGCCACCACCCUCGAAAGGCGUUGCCUUCCACUACCACAAGGCGUUUUCAUACCUCAUGUGAGCAAGUUGCUAAUACUACUGAUACUAAUGUUAGUGAUGACAACAGCUCUUCUAUUCUAAGGAUGGAUAGACGAAAUAUUCUCCUUGGCGGUUUGGGGGGAGGCCUGUAUGGUGCAGCUAGCCUCGGCCUCUUGGGAGGUGGAGAGCCAUUAGCUGCAAUUGGCGCUCCCAUUACAAUACCAGACCUAACCAAAUGCCAUAAUGCCACCGCAGACAAUGUCGGUGAGGUGCAAUGUUGCCCGCCUUACACCGACAUCAGCACGGCUAUCGACUUCACACCACCUUCUUCAAAGCCCCUCCGUGUGAGGAAACCAGCUCACCUCUUAUCUAAAGACGAGGUGGCCAAGUAUAAAGAAGCUUAUAGAUUGAUGAAAGCUCUCCCAGAAGAUGAUCCAAGAAGCUUCAUGCAGCAAGCCAAUGUGCAUUGCCAGUAUUGCAAUGGUGCCUACUACCAGGCAGGUACUACAGACACGGUGCUGCAGGUCCACUACAGCUGGUUCUUCUUGCCAUGGCACCGUCUCUACCUCCACUUCCAUGAGAGAAUUCUCGGCAGCCUAAUCGGUGAUGACAGCUUCGCUCUCCCCUUUUGGAAUUGGGACUCGGGAUUAGAAGGUAUGAAGAUUCCCAGCGUUUUCACAGAGGAUACAUCCUCUCCGGUAUACAAUGAGAAAAGAAACCUGAGCCACUAUCCACCAGCCAUUAUCGAUUUCGAGUAUGCAUGGGGAGACUCCCCUCCUUCAACGGAUGAAGAGGUGAAAGCUCUGAUACAAAAGAAUCUGUUGCAGAUAAGCAAAGCAUACUCGGAGUCAUUGACUUCACCGGAGCUAUUUAUGGGAGGAGUACUGAGGGCAGGUGGAACCCUAAAUUCACCGGGUAGCUUGGAGACGAUACACAACGGUGCUCAUUUGUGGGUAGGACCUGACGAGGCACCUCACAUGGAUAUGGGCAACUUCUACUCAGCAGGGCGUGAUGCUAUGUUCUACUGCCACCACUCUAACGUAGAUCGAAUGUGGAGCAUCUACAGAGCUAUGCGAGGCAACAAGAUCGAAUUCGAUGAUUCUGAUUGGCUUGACUCUACCUUUGUCUUUGUGGACGAGAACAAGCAAUUAGUCAAAUGCAAGGUGAGUGACAGCUUAAGCACCCUACAACUCCGCUACAUCUUUGAGGAUGUGAGACAUCCAUGGACAGACAAGGGUGUUCGCAAGAAGGUGCUGAAGGCUAAAAAGAAAAGUACAUCGUUGGAUUUGGUCCGAUGCACUGAGUUCGGAUCCACGUCCAAGUCCCUCACCAACACCAUUCGAGUCCUUGCCUCUAGGCCCAAGAAAUCUCGAACCAAGUCUGAGAAGGAGGAAGCUGUAGAGGUGCUUGUUGUAUCCGGCAUUCAAGCUCCGAUGAAUGGUCCGUCCAGGUUCGACGUCUAUGUCAGCAAGCUCUAUGGAGAUGAUUUGGCUGGCCCUGACCUUGGGGAGUUGGCUGGCUACUUCCUUGAACUGCCCCACCAUCUCCCAAGUAAGGGUGGAGAAACCAAGACCCACACGUUCGAUCUCAAGUUGGGGAUAACCAACUUGCUGGAAGAUAUUGAUUGCGAAGCUGCUGAGAAAGUGGUUAUUUCUUUGGUCCCACGUUUUGGAGAAAUCACUGUUGGAGGGGUCGGUAUCCAACACCUCAACACUGACACCAGCUCAGAUUAGAGAAGAGGCCCUCCCUUACC